UGGCUUCCUUCGCUGAGUACAUAGUAAGAUCUUACUCUCAACAUGAAACAGUUCUCGAUGGUUGCGGUCCUGGUGGUGGCCCUGGCAUGCCUGCUGAGCUGGAGCAGCGCCAUGCCCGACCCUGUAGCUGACCCUGACCCCGUGGCUGACCCCGGCUACCGUCGCUUCGGUGGAUUGGGAUAUGGUGGAUACGGGUUGGGCGGACUUGGAUACGGAUACGGAGGUCGUGGCUACGGAUACGGGGGCUUUGGAUACGGAGGAUAUCGUGGCGGAUUCUACGGAUGAAGAUGAUAGAUACGAAAUGUCCAUUCUAUCUGUAAAAAAAUAUAUAAGACAUGAAAAUGUCACAUUUUUCUGCUUCGUUUUCUGUUUC